AUGCACUCCACACACAAGAAGAUCAAGGUCAGCAUAAGGAUAAGGCCUGCAGCAGGGGGCGGCGAGGUAUGGAAGACAUCUGAGGACGGCCUGUGGCAUGUCCACGGACAGAAAAAGGUGAGGUACAACGGAUUCAGAAGUAUCCUGACAAACAUGACAAAUGCAGAGGUCUAUAAGGUGUGUGUAAGGGAGGAGAUCCAGAAGUUUCUGAACGAAGAGAACUGUACGGUGUUUGCAUACGGGCAGACUGGCUCAGGAAAAACAUACACAAUGCUUGGAGGGGACGAGGAAGGGAUUAUAAAGCUAGCCAUAAGGGAUAUCCUGGAUAGAAGGCCUGUGGGGAUAUCGUACUUGGAGAUCUACAACGAAAAGCUCUUUGAUCUUUCAAACAACAACGAGGUCCAGAUGUUCAGUGUUGAGAAGAGGAAUGUGAUUUCGAACCUGUGGGUUGAGUAUGUGGAUAAGUGGGAGGAUGUUGUGUCUUUUAUUGAGCGGUGCGAGAAGAAUAGGAAGUUUGGGACGACGGAGUUCAACACAAAGAGCAGCAGGUCGCAUACUGUGGUCCAGGUCACAUACAGCAGUAACAACAGAGUUAGGACACUGAACAUGAUAGACCUUGCUGGGAGUGAAAGGGCAAGCAGGUCGACGGACAGAAGGAAGGAGGGGUCGUUUAUCAAUAGAAGUCUCCUUGCGCUCUGCACGAUUGUCAACAAUAUAGGGAAUGGGAAGUACUUGGGGUUUCGAGACUCAAAGCUGACACGGGUACUUCAGCCGUCGCUGGACGGACGUACGAAUCUUGUUGCAAUCUGCACUCUGUCGCCUCACGAGGAUUGCAUUGAGGAGUCUGUGAGCACGCUAAAGUUUGCAGCCAGGCUAUGCAAUCUUGAGCUGAAGAUUGAGGAGACACUGAUACCCGACGAGAAUCCAAGGUAUGCCGGAGACAUGCCGGGAAACGAUUUCCGGCGCGGACUGAAACACAGAUGCUGCAAUAGGUUUCACUCUGAGGCUGGUAAAGAUGUAAGAAGCAUUUUGGAGAGAAUGGAGUCCAUGGCUCUUGAGAAAUGUCUUGGGCCUUAUGAAUCACCGAGGGUCAAAGGCCCGGAGGGAAGGGCUAGGGACGAUAAGGUGUGUGACGAAAAGGAUUCUAUAUCCAGGACGCUUGGCGCCUUUGGGUCGAUGAUUAUGGAGAAUCUUCAAUGCAAGAUUGAGCUUAUGGAAGAAUUGAAUGCAAUCAAUAACGAUAGAAUACAUUUAUUGGAGAGGAUGGUGGGGGAGUUGCUUGGAAAGAACCCGUCUCGGAGGAUGAACGAGAUAUUUAUACUCGAGAAGUACAGAUUCAAUCUCCGUAGGAAGAUGGUUGGAAGGAAAUGA